AUUCAUCGCAAAGCUACAAAGUUUUCCCAAGUUUUAAUAAAGAGUUUUGAAGGAUCGUUCUUCUUUUUAAUAGCGGCUGGUAUGGUCUGUUUAAGCAGCACUCUUGUUCAAAUCGCAUUGUACAACGAUACCGUAGAGCAAUUUAUACUACCGCUUAUGUUUAUAAGUGUCCUCUACGUAUACAUGUUUUUAUCUAACUAUACUGCACAGGAAGUUACAGAUCACAAUGAAUACGUAUUUGCCACAGUGUAUAAUGUUCAGUGGUACAUGGCUCCGUUACCCAUACAGAAAAUGAUGUUAUUCUUGCUACAAAAGGGCACUAAGGCUUUUCAUAUAAUCCUCGGUGGAAUAUUUAUUGCAUCCAUGGAAAGUGCCGCUAUG